AUGAAUAACUGUGAUAAAUAUAAAAUAAAUGAUCAAAGUUGUCCAAAAGGAAUGGUACCAAUUUUAAAGCAAAGAAAUGGAACUGACAGCAUUCAUCUCGACACGAUCGAGUAUCCCGGCCAACAUUUUGCAACAAUUGAAAAUAUAUUGGAUGGGACCAUCUAUCGAGGAGCUGAAGCUUAUAUAAGUUUUCAUAAUUUAACUCUACAAAAUAACCAAUACAGUAAAAGUCAAAUUUGGUUAGAAAAUGGACCUCGCGAUCAACUCAAUAGCAUACAAGUUGGUUUGGCAGUGCAUCCAAAAUUAUAUGGGGACAGUUUAACGCGACUUACAAUAUACUGGACCGCAGAUGGCUAUAAAAAAACUGGAUGCUAUAAUACAAAUUGUCCUGGCUUUGUUCUUGUUACUCGAUAUCAUUGGCUCGGAAUGUAUUUUGGUAGAUCCUCUAAUGAUGGUGGUCAAGAGAGUAUUUAUGUUCAACCAAAAAUUUUUCAGGAUGGAUUCACUGGAAAUUGGGCACUAAAAGUACAUGAUGAAUUAAUUGGAUAUUGGCCCAAAGAGUUAUUUACACAUUUAAACGACGGAGCUUCUUUGUUACGAUUUGGAGGAAAUACGUUUACAUCUUCUAGUAAAAUUAGUCCUCCGAUGGGAAAUGGUUGUUUUCCUGAUUUACCGGAAAGUUCAAAUUUUCUGUUUGUUAAAGCUAAGGAUUCGAACUACCAAACCGUUGAAAUUGAAGAUGAGAAAACAAGACGCUACGUAGAUGCUUAUCAGUGUUAUAGACUAUAUUAUGGGGGAUAUGCGGAAAGCACUGGAGUACACUUCUAUUAUGGAGGACCAGGUGGAAAUUGUGGUAUUUAAUGAUUUUUGAAUCUUGUA